UGGCCAACCGGCGACCAGAUCGGAUCAACAUUUGAACAAGUUCUCUGCUCUCUCGCUCAUGUCAGCAAUCUAUCUAUCGAGUUAUUCUGUAACGUUUGAUUUGCUUAUUAUUGGCUAGGAGAUUUCGUUUCUUUUGGGUUUUGUCUUCGAACGGUUUGAAUUCGAAAAAAAAGCGAAUCGAUUCUAGUUGGUUGGUGAACCACUUGUUUGUUAUCCAUUUCGACGCUGGCACAGUGUGUAAAUUCAACCAGUCGCUAGGCGCAUCAUCAAUAGGAGCAACAUAGCGACGCCAAACGACGCCCCGUGGAUUGGCAGCUACAACGGCAAUCUGUCGUACAUCCGGGCCUUUUGGACGAGAGCUUGGACCAGGAGGAAAUGAUGCAAAACUGAGAGUGAUGGUAUACGCCCAUCUGAAACUCUAACGAAGAUGAUGAUUCACACCGUCUUGUUGUGCCUUGGCUUAUGGACAGGCGCCAGCCGUGCCAACUCGGCCAUCGCCUCAUUCCGUCUCAACAUAAGCGACAGCGAUCUUUUGCGACUAAUGACCUCGGAGGAACCCAGCGAUGGGUCAGUAGAGUCCUGUCCCAACGACGACGAUACCUUUAGCUUUGCCGAUCCGGGAUGGUCGGAUCAAAUGAAAAACUUCGGCGGAGGCGGCAAGUCCUCGCCCGUCCGGCAACGUUACAGCCAAUCCGAUUACCUUAUCUCGUCGGACCAGUCAGCCAUCGACCCAAAAGUGCCGUUGACCAUUGGUUACCUGAGUUCUUACCUGAGCAGCAAAAUGACGCUGGGCGCCAUCCCGCUGGCCAUCGAGACAAUCAACAACGACCCGAAUCUUUUGCCCGGACGCAAGCUCCAAUUUGUUGCGGCCGACAUAGGCAACCCGGUAGGGAACGAUGGACUGACGGCAUUGGCCAUCCGGCGCAUGACCGAAAUGAGGGACAACAACUCGACCAUCGCCUUCAUUGGACCCGAUGGACAGUGUGCAGCCGAAGCCCUGGUGGCGGCCGCCUGGAACCUACCCAUGAUUACGCAUAAAUGCUCUGAAACGAAGUUAUCUGAAAUGCCGCAGACGUACUUCACGUUCGCUCGAACGCUGCCACCGUCAUCUAAAAUCUCCAAAUCGGUCAUGGCUUUGUUGGAGAAAUUUGGAUGGAACAAAGUCAUCAUAAUUGUAGGAAGGAGAAAUGAAUGGAUCCAAAUCAAAGACGCCAUCAAGGAUUCCGCCAGAGAUAAAAAUAUUGACGUGACCGACGUUAUUCAUUUGGACGAUUAUAUACCUGCUCAAGUGGAAACGAUCAACAAAAUAGCCCGGAAAACCUAUCAACGCACUAGGGUUUACCUGUUCAUUGGAGAACACAUAGCCCUUGUCGACUUUGUUAAAGCUCUGCACGGGCUCAAAGUGUUGGGAAACGGGGACUACAUGAUCAUUUCCAUCGACGACUUUAUAUUCGAUCCAGAGAGCAAUGCCCAAGAGUACACUAGUCGCAAUUACCUCGAUCCUUACAUGCACACCAUUAAAAAAGACGACGAAAUCCAGGCCUUCCGCUCGGUGUUGAAAGUGACGGCUUCUCAUCCGCGCAAUCCAGAUUUCAAAAAAGUGCUGGCCAAGAUCAAAGAGUACUCGGCUCGACCGCCGUUCUGCGUGCCGUACCACCCGAUCAUCUUCAACGACAUCGAAGUUCCCAUUCACGCCUAUCAUGCCUACGACGCCAUCAUGAUCUACGCCAAGGCGUUGACGGAAGCUCUUCGCGACGGAUUCGAUCCCCGCAACGGGACCAACAUCAUGGAACGGAUCCGCAAUCGGCCUUACCACUCGGUUCUUGGGUUCGAUGUAUUCAUUGACUCGAACGGCGAUGCUGAAGGUAAUUACACCGUGGUUUCCAUGCUUCCCUUCCAUGGAAAGCGGUCGGAAGCCUCGGCGUCGGACGAGACAACGGCUUACGUCAUGCAACCGGUUGGGUAUUUCCAGUACAAUUCAAGCAGCAAUUCACCGAACGAUUUGCCGAUAUUUCAAUAUUUUAACUUGAGUCGCCCAAUCGACUGGCUUGGAUCGGGUCCACCAAUUCCGGAACCUCCCUGCGGCUUCGUUGGCGAAAAGUGUGUCCAAGUUGCGACACCCGACUGGCGGAGUUUUGUUAUAUGCACCGUGUCCGGCGUUGUGCUCAUUGUGGCCAUUGGCCUUGUGUCCAGACACUAUCGUUAUGAGCACAAAUUGGCUUGCCUGCUCUGGAAAGUGGACAUUCGUGAGGUCAUCAUAACGAAUUUCCCGGACAGUAUCAACGACCCACCAUCUUCUGCCUUGACGGUUUCGUCUGAUAUUCCCGUCACACGUCGCUCCCUCCUGGGAUUCGGCGGCCACCACGGCUCCAACAACAACAACAGCAGCAACGGAAGCAUCGGGCCGACUCCGGGUGUCAAAGGCGACCCGAUUGGAGACUUGGGAUUGAAGCGCGUCUACACCCGAACCGGCAGCUACAAAGGCAACCUAGUGGCCAUCAAGGCCAUCAGUCACAAGAACGUCGAUUUGACCAGGAACGUGCGCAAGGAAUUGAAAGAGAUGACGGAAAUUCGCCAUGAAAACAUCGUCUCGUUCAUCGGCGCUUCUGUCGAGUACGGCGGCGUUUUCAUCCUGACGGCCUACUGCGCCCGCGGGAGCUUGGAGGAUGUCCUUCAAAAUCCCGAUUUCAAAUUGGAUACCAUCUUCAUCGCAUCUCUCGUAGCCGAUUUGAUCAAGGGAAUGAUUUUUCUACACGACAGUGAAAUUGUGUCACACGGUAACCUGAAAUCUUCCAACUGUUUGGUCGACUCCCGAUGGGUUUUACAGAUCACCGACUUUGGUCUGCAAGAACUCAAGGCUUCCAGUCAUGAAGCCCGCAUGAAAAUGCAGUGUAGCAAACGCCUUUUGUGGAAAGCUCCCGAACUGCUGCGCAACCACAAUCCCCCGUUGCGUGGGACCCAGAAAGGUGACGUCUUCUCUUUUGGCAUCAUUCUCUAUGAGAUCAUAGGUCGUAAAGGACCUUGGGGUGAUUUGCUGUACACCAUGUCGCCCAAAGAAAUCGUCGAAAAGGUAGCGCACCCGGAGUGGUUCUUCUACAAGUUCUUCCGGCCGCCCAUAUCGCAACUGGAUUGCAAAGAUUACAUAAUCAGGUGCAUGCAGGACUGCUGGCACGAAUCGCCAGACAUGCGGCCUGAUUUCAAAUCCAUUCGCGGUCGAUUAAAGGAAAUGGAAGCAGGACUGAAGCCCAACAUUUUCGACAACAUCAUGAUCAUGAUGGAAAAGUACACUUACAAUUUAGAAGGUCUCGUCCAGGAAAGAACCGAUCAACUGGUAGAGGAGAAGAAGAAAACAGAAGCUCUUUUGCAUCGAGUCUUACCAAAGUCUGUGGUGGAAUCGCUGAAACGUGGAGAACCUGUGAAAGCGGAAAGUUUCGACUCGGUAACGAUUUAUUUCAGCGAUAUCGUCGGUUUCACGUCGCUAUCGGCCGUGAGCACGCCGCUGCAAGUGGUUGGCCUUCUCAACGAGCUCUACACGUUAUUCGAUUCGAUCCUGGAAAAUUACGACGCCUACAAAGUGGAGACGAUCGGCGACGCCUACAUGGUAGCCAGCGGUUUACCCAUUCGUAACGGCGACCAUCACGCGGCCGAAAUCGCUUCACUAGCCCUUCACCUCUUGUCGGAGAUACGCAACUUCCACAUUCGACAUCGACCGGGAGAAACGCUCAAGCUGCGCAUUGGCAUUCAUUCCGGCCCCUGCGUUGCCGGAGUGGUCGGAUUGAAAAUGCCUCGAUAUUGCCUUUUUGGAGACACGGUCAAUACGGCGUCCAGAAUGGAAUCGUCCGGACAAGCUCUUCGAAUUCACAUUUCCGCCGCCACCAAAGAGCUUUUGGAUCGGUUAGGUGGUUACAUCAUUGAAGAGCGCGGAAUGACUCCCAUUCGAGGCAAAGGUGAAAUGAUGACGUACUGGCUCGUUGGUGAAGAACCUUGGCGUACCAGAGGCGGCCGUUUGACUGCCAUUGAAGCAGAGACAUCAUCGAUCCCUUCGGAACCGUUGGUUGUCGAUCAACCGGCGCCGCGUGAAAUUCCGCUCAUGUUAGACAACGUCCAGUCGCCGACAGAGUUGGAUCCUAUCGACACUUCUCCGAGUACGUGGCUGCUUGGCGACUGCCCAGCGACCCCGGAAGAAGACUACGAAUCAAAGGUGCCGCAACUGAAUAACGGAGUCGACAUUAGUUUCAAGAACGAAAGGAAUCAUUGCUCGUUUGGCCAUUAUCAAAACCCCGUGCCUCUCACACGCCAACCGUCCAUCAUAGAGACUCCGUGCAAAACUUGUCAAAUCCAAGGAAACAUAUGUAAUCCACAGCGAAUGAUGACAACGCACUACCGUUCCACGCCCAUUAUCGCUUCUAAUCCAACGUACCAUCGUGAUUCUUCCCCUAGUAUCCCGUUACGGACGACGAGCCCUCAGCCGUGUGUUUGAGCAAAUAGGUUCCACGUUU